AUGCAAUCUAGUAAAAUACCUGUGGUGAGUAUAGUUGCCUGUCUUUUGCCCGAAAUGGGUAUUGGGUUCCAAGGGUCUUUACCAUGGAGACUUUCCAAAGAAAUGAAGUAUUUCAGACAAGUGACAUCAUUAACAAAGGAUUCACAAAAGAAAAAUGCUGUGAUAAUGGGUAGGAAAACUUGGCAAUCAAUCCCAGCAAGAUUUAGGCCUCUUCCUAAUCGUCUUAAUGUAGUUAUCUCAAGAAGUUUUGAAAGCACAUUACGUGAAGAAAAUGAUCUCCCCAACAAAUAUUUUAAAGUAAAUUCAUUAAAGGGAGCUUUCGAACAAUUACAUGCUCAAUUUGGCGCCGAAUUAGAGAGAAUCUAUAUAAUUGGAGGUGGUGAAGUAUACAAUCAAUGUUAUGAUAUGAUAGACCAUUGGCUUAUUACAGCUUUGACACCAGUUGAAACAGUUGUUCCAGAGAUGGAUACAUUCCUUGAUAAGGAUAGACUUAAUUCAUUAUACCAGGAAUGUAAUGGAGACCUAGCCUCAUUUGUCCCUCCCGGUACAGAAUUGCCACAUGUUAACGAGGACGGUCAUUUUAUAGACCAUGAAAAGGGUUACGAAUUUGAAUAUACUUUGUAUAAUAGGAAAUAA